AUGUUCUGGGCCAGGCCGGGCCGAAGGAAGAAUUUACCCAAAGUUUUGGAACGUUGUCGUAUUGAGGAUUCCCCAUUAUGCUCCUCUUUCGUGAACCCCCAGCCUCACUUCUCUCAAUCAAGACGCCGAACCCAAGCUCUCGUCUCUACUCUACCUUGCAGCGACGUUGCCUCUCUGGUUAACACCGGAGGAAUUCGUCUUUCUCUGAAUCGCACAGUCGGAACCGUCGACAUGGCCACUGCAGAAGCAGCUCAAGCUUCUGCUGGUCCACGAUAUGCUCCAGAGGAUCCCACUCUUCCCAAACCAUGGAAGGGACUUAUCGAUGGAAGCACGGGAGUUCUCUAUUACUGGAAUCCUGAAACGAAUAUUACUCAAUACGAAAGACCUUCUCCGCCUUUGCCAGCUGGAGCUCGUCCUCCUCACCCUUCCACAACACCGAAGCUUGCUCAAAUUCCUGUAGCUUCUGCAGGACAACAGGGACAUCAAGCUCAGCUUGAACAAGCAAGUCAUGUGCCUCAGCAACAACAGUCACAGCAAUACCCAGCUCAACAUGUAAGGCCUCAGAUGAUGCAGCAGCAGCAGCAGCAGCAUCCGGGUCAGCAGAUGCCUCAACAAUCAGGUCAGCAGUUUUCCCAACAACAGGGCCAAUCCAUGGCGACACAGCAACACGGGCAUCCUUCUCAACAAGGGUAUCAGCCAACGCAGCAGCAGCAGCAAGGAAUGCAGAACCAGCAUUCACAGAUGCCUCAUCAGUAUGCACAUUCACAACAACAGUACAUGGGUUAUCGGCCUUACAUGCAACCACAAGGGAUUCCAAAUUCACCUCAGGUUGGCCCACAGAGUCAGCAUUUUCCGAGCCAGCAAGAGUACAACUCAUUGGCGCCAAAGAGGGAAGGGGAAGUUUUCCAUAGGGGUGAGAAAACUGGGUUUUCUCAACCCCAUUUACAAAAUUCCGAAGCUUCGCCAUCUCAAAAUACUGCCUUUGAGGCUAAAGCAGCAUCGCAAAGACCAAAUGCAAACUUGGCUCUACCUCAGCAAUACAAUGGACCUCAAGCAAACAUUCAACAUCCUGAACAGUUUCAACAGCCAGGGGCUAAUUUUGUUCACCAGCAGCAUGGACCUAGGCCUCCAAAUCACAUGGACCAGAUGAUGCACCAGAAGUCUCAUGUUUCCCCUUUCCGAUCAAAUAAUACCUAUGAGAAUAAUCUACAAGCCAGACCUGGGAAUGACUCCUACGGUAACACAAGAAUGGAAGGGCCUGUGAGAGGUGCACAACCACGCCAUCCUGCAGCAAUGCCUGAGGAUAUAAGGAUACGUGGCGGUCAACCUGUAAAUGCUGAUCCCGCCAUGGGGAAUACAGGGCAUGGAACAUACGGUCACGCAGGUCCAGCUUUUUCAUCCGUAGGAAGGCCUCACUUUGUACCAACUCCUGAUGAUUCCCAUCUUUCGCCUGUUGAAAUGUACCGAAAACAACAUGAAAUCACAAUAACUGGUGAGAACAUUCCAGCACCGUUCAUCACAUUUGAAUCUAGUGGUCUCCCACCUGAAUUACUGAGAGAGUUGCUAUCUGCUGGAUUUCCAUCACCAACACCGAUACAGGCUCAAACAUGGCCAAUUGCUCUGCAGAACAGGGAUAUAGUUGCAAUUGCAAAAACUGGUUCUGGUAAAACAUUGGGAUACUUGAUCCCUGCCUUCACUCUUCUUAGACACUGUCGUAAUGACCCCCGCAAUGGCCCCACGGUUUUGAUCUUAGCUCCCACUCGGGAGCUAGCUACACAAAUACAAGAUGAAGCCCUUAGGUUUGGCCGGUCUUCCAGAAUAUCAUGCACUUGCUUGUAUGGUGGAGCUCCAAAAGGUCCUCAAUUACAAGAGUUGGAACGAGGAGCUGAUAUUGUGGUGGCAACUCCUGGUCGCCUAAAUGAUAUACUGGAGAUGAGGAAGAUUGAUUUCCAGCAAAUUUCCCUUCUGGUGCUUGACGAGGCAGACCGAAUGCUUGACAUGGGUUUUGAACCCCAAAUCCGUAAGAUUGUGAAUGAAAUACCUCCGCGGAGACAGACUCUUAUGUACACUGCAACUUGGCCAAAAGAAGUUAGGAAAAUUGCAAGCGAUCUUCUUGUGAACCCUGUCCAAGUUAACAUAGGCAGCGUAGAUGAGUUGGCUGCAAACAAGUCGAUAACGCAGUAUGUUGAAGUUGUCCCACAAAUGGAGAAAGAGAGGCGUUUGGAGCAAAUCCUAAGGUCGCAAGAACGAGGUUCAAAAGUUAUAAUAUUCUGUGCCACGAAGAGGCUUUGUGACCAUCUUUCACGCAGCGUAGGACGUAAUUUUGGUGCUGUUGUAAUCCAUGGAGACAAAUCUCAAGGCGAGAGAGACUGGGUACUUAACCAGUUCCGCAGCGGGAAGUCGUGUGUGUUGAUAGCUACUGACGUUGCUGCCAGGGGACUCGAUAUAAAAGACAUAAGAGUUGUGAUCAACUAUGAUUUUCCAACUGGUGUUGAAGACUAUGUUCACCGUAUUGGGAGAACUGGUCGAGCUGGUGCAACUGGAGUUGCAUUCACUUUCUUUACAGAGCAAGAUUGGAAAUACGCGCCUGAUUUGAUCAAAGUCCUGGAAGGAGCAAACCAGCAAGUACCACCUCAAGUGAGGGAUAUUGCAAUGCGUGGUGGUGGCGGUGGUGGUCCAGGUUUUAGCCAGGACCGAAGAGGCGGCAUGGUAAACCGUUUUGACUCUGGCCGUGGUGGUGGCCGUUGGGAUUCUGGUGGUGAGUUUGGUGGGCGUGGUGGUGGAUUUGGAGGCCGAAGUGGCGGAUUUGGAAUGAGAGAUGAUUCAUUUGGACGUGGCCGGGGCUUUCCUGGUCCUGAUGCUGGUCGUAUGAAUGUGGGUAGAGGUGGAUUUGGUCGGUUUGGUAAUAACAAUAUGGAUGGCCGAGGCUUUGGUCGUGGUGUUGGUGGUGGUAGAGGCUUUAGUCGUGGCGGUGGUGGUGGACGGUUUGAUAACAGAAGAGGUAGAAGCCGUAGCAGAAGUCCUGAUUUGGUUAGGCCACGUCGUAGCCCGAGCUAUAGCCGAAGCCGAAGCAGGAGCUACAGUCGCAGCCGUAGCAGGAGCUGGUCACGCUCAAGGAGUCGUAGCCCUAGGCGUAGCCGUGACCGUGGUGGUCAUAACCGGAGCAGAAGCUAUAGCCGUAGUCCUAGUCCGGUUAUUGAAAGAAGGGAUAGGCGACCUCGUGUUUCCGGGUUUGAUAUUAAACCACCAGCUGAGUCUGUCGUGAAUCCGGACAUUGCAGGAGCCGCUGUGGUCCCUACGCCAUUGUCUGAGAGACAAGGGAAUGGUGUUGUCGAGUCUGAGGUAAAAACAGCUUUAGUUGAUGAACCCUAAUAGCGAAGACUCGAAACAGAGAAUGAUUUUAAAUCCUCAAAAAUGAAGAAAUCACUAUUCAUCCCAAUAUGUUUGGUUAUUGAAUUGGAGGUCUUGCAAGAUUUGUUGGCUGGAGUUUCUUUUAUUUUUGUUUUAUUUUAUUUUCCCUCGUUUUCUUGUUGUAUUAUGGAGAGUUAGUUUGUAAUGUGUAUUUGAGAAUUUUAUGAUUUUAUCGUUUAUGUAAACACCACCAACUACCUUCAAAAAAUAUCUGGACUACAGACUAGGUACACA